GUGACACAACGUUCCGGCUUGAGCUGAGAAGGGCAGCAGGCAGCAUGUCAGAUGAUAACCCAGUUGUACCCCCGCCCCCACCUCCGCCGACACUGCCACCCCCGGCUGCUCUCCCGGGGCCCAGCAAGAGGAGGCUUUACCAGGCUAUAGCUGAGGGACGGUCCCCUGUAGAGGGGGACCAUGAGGAGGCCAGGCUGCUGCUAAGGCAGCGAGAGAGCAGUUUCACAAAGGAGCUGCAGUGGGUGCUGUUGAACAAAUAUGUGCCUUCCCUCAUUCAGGACGGACCACAGUGUGGCCUGGUGGCUAUGUGGAUGGCUGCCAAGCUGUUAAAGCCUCCAGAGGGUGUGUCUAUGGAGAGGGUGGUUCAGACAGCAUUGGAGAGGGGCUACACUGCACAAGGGGAGAUCUUUUCAGCCCGUGACAUGGCCCAGCUGGCAGAAGAGGUGUGUGAGUGCCACUCGGAGUGCUUGUCGGGGGGUAUGGGAGGGGCCAACACUGGCCCAAUCCUAAAGCACCUUGCCUCUGGACAGCCCGCCCUCAUUCCCUACGACGAGGACUUCAAUCAUGAGCCUUGCCUGCGCAACGGCCACAAGGCACAUUGGGCUGUGGCCUCAGGGGUCUUGCUGGGUGUGGCUGAGGCCGGUUUGGACGCAGCGAAGUUCCAGAAUGACCCUGUCCUGCCCUGGCUGCUGCUGCCCCGGGGUACCCCCUGCUGGCCGGUUGAGGGGGUGCAGGAGGUCUACAUCCUGGCCAAACAGGGCAAGAGCCUGCGCUACCAGCUGUGGGGCCUGGAGGGCCUGGUGCAGAGCAAUGCACAGCUGAGGGAGAUGGACCCCCAGAGGGCCGCCGACGGCUCACCAUAUAUCCUGCCCCCAGGGGGCGUGGAGGCGGGGCUGGCGGGGAAGGUAGUGCUGCUACACAAAAGGACAGACUGA